CACUUUGUUGACUCUGCAGCUCCAGCUGCUGGGAGGCUGCCGGAAAUCUUUGUUCUGACCCCAAAUCCAGCCAGCAACGUGUGUAACCAUGAAAACUAUCAUUAUUAACACGGUUUUUGCGUGUGUCAAAAUGGCAGAAAAACAUAAAAAGGAAGUGAGUGAGGCUAAAGAUAUUUAAAGGAGACGGGGGAAAAACCCAGAACAAACCUACAGUUUCACGGCUCACCUUUCUAAAACAACAACCGUGUUCAACAAAUGACAUAACACAGCGCAUUAAGUGUCAGGUUGCGACACAGUCGAGAUAUGCGGACCGGCUGAAAUCUCCAGCGAUGCUUUCUGGGUAAAGUGCGCCCUGGUAUCCGCCCAUAUUCGCGUAACGCAGGCCAGAAGGAGCAGCUAGGCCGGGCGCUGGAUCAGAUGGAAAGUUUAAUCGAUUAAUUUGGCAACUUCAUGUUUUCGUCCGCUCCCCAAACCACGUCAGACCGACUUAAAUGCCGGCAUUUUGGUGAGAAGUAGGAAAUGCGGAGAUCGUGCGAAACGAGAGGAUUAUUUGCUUGACAACUUAAUCGGUCGCCACUUCAGACGCGGAACUCCAGUCACUUAAAGGUGAAUCAUGACGGAAUAUAAGCUGGUUGUGGUUGGAGCUGGUGGUGUUGGCAAGAGCGCGCUUACCAUUCAGCUCAUCCAAAACCAUUUUGUGGAUGAAUAUGACCCCACCAUUGAGGACUCCUACAGAAAACAGGUAGUAAUUGAUGGAGAGACGUGUCUGCUGGACAUCCUGGACACUGCAGGUCAGGAGGAGUACAGCGCCAUGAGGGAUCAGUACAUGAGGACAGGGGAAGGCUUCCUCUGUGUUUUUGCUAUCAACAACACCAAGUCUUUUGAAGACAUUCACCACUAUAGAGAACAGAUUAAGCGGGUGAAGGACUCUGAGGACGUCCCCAUGGUGUUGGUGGGAAACAAGUGUGACCUCCCGACCCGGACGGUGGACACCAAGCAGGCUCAGGACUUGGCACGCAGCUUUGGCAUUCCCUUUAUUGAAACCUCUGCCAAAACCAGACAGAGAGUGGAAGAUGCCUUUUACACUCUGGUACGGGAGAUCAGGCAGUACCGGCUCAGUAAGCUCAGCAAGGAAGAAAAGACUCCACGCUGUGUCAACCUUAAAAAGUGUGUUGUGAUGUGAGAGGGGGCGUGGAUGAUGCCUUUUAUACAUUAGUCAGAGAAAUCCGGAAGCAUAAGGAGAAGAUGAGCAAGGAGGGCAAAAAGAAGAAAAAGAAGUCCAAGACAAAGUGUAUACUCAUGUGAAUAAAUGCCCCUUUUCAAAACAGAAAAAACAACUUAAUAAUAAGCAGUUUAAGUAAUACAUUUUUGUACAUUACACUAAAUUAUUAGCCUCCAUUUCAUUAAAUACUAAACCCGACCUAAAUUUUCCUGUUCUUUUUUUCUGGAAAACCAGUAAGCUCUCAGUUUAGUGCCAGUUGCUGAGAUGGGUUAGCCCAACAGUUUGAGCUUGAUUUCUUUGAGGUGACGGUGUAUUUUUUUAUUUUUGAUUUUUUUACCUAAUCAUGGAACUGAUGUCAUCCAUCACACCUGACAACACUGUUAUCAGCAUUAACUCCCCUUUGCUGGAAAAGCUGCAGCUCUUUUCAAGCAGAGGAUGCCAAAGAAUGAACCCUAGACAAAACUGAAAAAGGGUCAUCGCCCCACAGGAUGAGGUCCAAAACAUUCUGCCACCAUGUCCAUCCCCUCGCCUUUAAAUAGGACUUAGUUUUGUCACUGAUAAUUAUGCAUGCAAACUCCUACUCUUUUCCAAGUGUUUAACACCUUAGCUAUUAUGUUAGCUAUUAAUAAAUUUGUCAUUGCUUUGUACUGUGUGGGUAGAAUCUUUUUUUAUUUUUUAUGCCUACAUCAGAGGACAUUUUUCUUCCUGCAUGCAUUGUGUCCAUGACGACACGAUCUGGUCGACAGUCAAUAUGGAGGAUUCCAGAUUUGUUUUUUUCUUUAAGAAACUGUUAAUACUGGCUGUUGUGAGCAAAGAAAAAAAACAUUCAAUGAAAAACUGCAAAUUUAAGAACCCAUCAUAGAUAAUUUUUAAUUUUUUGUACUUGUUUUGUUUGUAAUGCUCAUGUUUGUGUUGUGAAGACUCAUGCCUUGUUAACUCCUCAGUAGGGUCGUUUUCGAAUCAUCCUGACAACAAUCAUUUCAUUGCUUUGUGUUAAUAAAAAGUCACAGCAGUAGGUUUUACACUUGAAAGUUUGUUUGGGGGAAAUGCUAGACUUCCUGGUGUACGUUUGCUGAACUGCCAUGCUUCUUUUUUGUUUUUUUUCCUCCCCUCUGUCCCCGAUACAAAGCAGAAAGCCCAUUUGAGCGAGCUGUGAGAGAAUAUUGGAGCUGGAGUCCCAAAAGGCUGUUUAAAAAUAUUGUGUUGUCUUAAGUUUUAGAUUUAAUUUGAAAAAGUAUUAAACUUGUUUGGUAUUCUGCCUUUCCACAUGUAAUUGGAUAGAAUACUGCAAGGCAGCAAUUUCCCUAAUUUUUUAUUAUUUAUAGACAAAAUUUCUGAAAUAAACUUUACAAAACCUGCUGGUUUCUCUCGAGUCAGUUUAUAUUUCGCCCUUUUUGAUUUGAUCUACAUAUUGUAGACCUUGAAUUUUUUUUUUAGAGAUAACCUUUUAAGAUUUUGUACUUUUUUUUUUUUCUCCAUUGGGUGCUACAUUUUGACAAUAAACACAAGAUCAUAUUUUCAUUUUCUCCACUGCCCUUAAUGUGCAGGAAACUGUUGGUGAAUGAAAUUCUCUGCUGACAGAUGAUUUGAUUUCUGCUUUUAAUUUUAUUACCUCUUCUUUCAUGAAGUAGACAAAAAAAAAACACGGAUGCAAUUUUAGAUAUGAAACCCAACUGUUAACAAUACUAUUUACAACGUAAUUUUACUGUAACUUUUUGAACAUUUUCUUCUUUGUUGAGUGUGCCAACACCUGAUUUCUGAAAUGUCUGUUUUACCUGGACCGUAUUGUAACAACCUUUGUAUAGUUGUGAUACUGAAAAGUGCAUAUUUUGUAAAUUGUGCUUCAUUUGGUUGGUGUGUCUAAAUGAAUGUUGCUUUAACGGAGUUAUUACUCCGCUCUGUGUAUGUUUCUGGAGAGUGACUGGGUCCAGGGAAGUGAAUGAAUGACCACUUCACAGCGGAGCUGCUUAAGACAGCACAGAGUGGGGAUCUGAUCUCAAAAUGAGUCUAUUUUUUGCCAUGAAAUUCACCACUCCUAUUUAAUGUGUAAUAAAGAACAAAGUAAUAAGGAA